AAAUGGCGUAACUUUUUGUGUUGACAAACAGUGAAAGAAAAACGUACUUUGUGUUCGAUUUGUUUAUCUCCGUACGUUUAUUUUCUGCUAUACUUUUAUAGCACUGACAGCUCGAGUUUUGAACUGAUAUAGAAGAAAGUAAGAUCAUGGAGAGGUAGACUGCGACUGAAAACGAAAGUGUGAGAUCAUUAUGAUGUCUGAGAAGUCCAAGUCAUCGGAUCAGUACAAAGUUCUCAGUGGAACUUGUCCGGACGAGCGAUGUCGUGCCAAGCUCUACUUCCCUGUGUUUGACAAGAGCGUCGAGUGUACCAGCUGUGGACAGCGUCACGAGAAAACAUCGCUACAGAACGUAACCGAGGUAACCGACACCAACGUAGCACUCCACAACCUUUUGCGCAAUGUCCUGCUGGGAAACGUCAAACCACAGAAAGGUCCAGAGAGUGUCAAGGUUCUCGGACUUUCAAAUUAUGUCUGCAAGCUUCUGUCACCAAUUUUAACCAAGCAUGGUAUGGAUAAGCAGACCGGGAAAGCCAUGCUGCUAACAGCAAUGGGUCAACCGGAAAUCUUUGACUGUGGGGUUCUGGGUGACCGGGCAUUCCUCAUCGACCCGGAACAUCUGUCUGUCGUUGGGUAUGGUCGGGAUCGAUCCGGGAGCCUCCAGUACCUGGCAGACACGCUGGAUAUUAUCAAAGAAGCUAACAGUGACCGUGAUCUCCUGGUUCCGAUUCACGCUGACGGAGACGGACACUGUUUGGUUCACGCGGUGUCACGUGCUCUCGUUGGUCGUGAGUUGUUCUGGCAUGCACUCCGCGUGAACCUGCUGAAUCACUUCAGAGGGGAGCUAGAGCAGUACAAACAGCUGUUCAAAGAUUUCAUCGACCGAGACGAGUGGGUCACCAUCAUGAAUGAGUGCGACCCGGAUUUCGUUCCCCCCGACAACGAACCCCUCGGUCUGCGGAACAUCCACAUCUUCGGUCUCGCCAAUGUCCUGCGUCGGCCAAUCAUCCUGCUUGACUCCCUGAGUGGAAUGAGAAGUCUCGGAGACUAUUCAGGUGUGUUUUUACCUGGUUUGGUAGCACCAGAAAAGUGUACAAAGGGUGGCAUUUUGAACAAGCCACUGUGUAUUGCUUGGAGCAGCUGUGGGAGAAACCAUUUUAUACCUCUUGUAGGGAUUAAAGGAAGUAGUGCGCCCAAGUUGCCCCGCUAUCUCUUACAGAAAAUCUGGGGCGUACCUAACACGCUCAUUGACCAGUACAUCGACUUUGACGAUGGGAUGUGUGUUGUUGGUGGUGAUAAAUCUCUCCAGGAUCGUUAUCUGCAACGUCUUGUUGCUGCAAUGGAAGAUGUAUUUUUUGAAAAAUACGAAGUUCACCCCAGUCUGGUGUCCGAUGUUCACCAGUUUGUUUACAAAACAUCAGGAUUUGUUGGCGCCAAGCUCGACAUGGUAAUCAAGGCCACACAGAGUGCGGUACAGGAGAACCGGCUGUACCGCUGUCUGCUGUGUGACGCAAUCAUCGAGUACCAGCUACCGGCCGAGUGGUUCCUGCACGGCGGGGAUCUGUACAACCUAGCGAUACAGGUGCACGGGGAACUCAUGGUCAACAAGAGAUAUUCAUUUCCAGACAAAGGUGCUGUGUGUAUGUACGACAAAUCUCGUGAUGAGCUCAUUCUUGAUCACCAGCAAAGUAAACUGAUGAAGUGCACGUUCUGUCAAGGAGACCGUGUACGGUUGGUGAAGGGUGAUGGUCAUGUGUUGUACGAGAACGGCGACCGAACUUUGACCCCGUCCUCCUCCACGAGGUGCACAUGUGGAUUCAAACACUUUUGGGAGGGAAAAGAAUAUGAUAACUUUCCAGAAAUAUUGCCGAUAACACUAGAGUGGAACGACAAGACAAUAAAAGAGCAAGUCGCGUGGUUCCAGUACGAAUCCGACCCAGCAAUGAACAGCAAUGUUUAUCAAGUGGCACAGAAUGUAGUACAGAAGCAUUUUCCAGGCGAGUUUGGUAGUGAGCGACUUGUGCAGAAGGUUGUGAGUAAAAUUCUCCGUCAGACGGCUGCCCCAGAACAAGUGAGCAAUGCCUGUGAAAUGCCACCCCCUGACCCAGUAGCCUGGUCCCCCGAAGCCUCAUCCAAAAUCAUAAUAACAGGACAACAGCAUAAAAGCAUCCACAAGGAGGAGCUGACGAUGAGUGAGACGGAGAAGACGAUCAAAAAGAAAAUAGAAACAAAUGCGCCGCUCCACCAGAAGAAAUCUGCCAACAUCCCGCGAUCGCAGUCGGCGAGCAGUGCCCUCCGGGGAGCAAGUCAGGCUUCUCGGAGCAGUCCAGAGAAGAAACCUAUGCCACACAACACGGGUUCAGCUGCCACUGCUGGGCAAUGUGACAACACGAGUCCAACUACCAUAGCACAGCAGUCUGGUUCAGCCGAGACUACUUCAUUGGCAGCAUCGACCACUCAGGAAGAUAAGAAGAUACGCAUCGCAACGUCCGAAGGAAAGCAGGUAAUGCUGUCACUGAAGGAAGACGUCACGUUUUCCGAGCUGCAGCAGAAGAUAUUGGAACUCGUGGGUAUCGCCCUGGAUGAGCAGAAACUGCGUAUUGGAUUCCCGCCCCGGGAACUGAAACCAGCCGAGUAUGAGAAUGACGAAAAGGUCAUUUUAAGACAUGGAGACAAGAUCACCGUGGAGACCGUUGCUAAGACUGUGGUGGUUCCCGAUGACAGCGGUCAGACUGGAUCUGGAGUAGAUGGGAAGUCGGACAAGAUGAACUGGAGCAUGUUUGAUGACAACAUCGCCGCGCCCGCCGAGAGCUUGCUACAGAGUCUGUGCAGAACGGACCACGCCGGGGCCAACAGUAUUGACAUGUCAAUUUCCUCACUGGCCAUGUUGGCAUCACUGUCGGGUCGCGACCUCUGGACAUAUGCACAGAGCAAUCCACAUCUGUUCUCGGUGGGUGGUCUAUUCUACAAACAGGUGGAGCGUGACCUUGGGCUGUCAGGUGGAAAACACUGUACCAUACCGUCACUCCCAGGCAAGGUAUUUCGAUUCAAUGCAGCUGACGAUCGUCUUGAGUUAUGCCUUGAGCCAUACGGUCACUUUCCUGUUGAGCCCGACAUUGAAAACAAGAUAAAAAACCGGUCGCCAGUGGUCGGCGACGGCAGUCACAACAUCAAGUUCGGCUCAAGUGGAGCCAUCAGCCGGGAUGAUAAAAACAUGGUGGCAUUCUCGGGUCACGGCCACUCGCUGAAAACGGCAGACAUCCGUAUGCCAGCUGACCUGCUGGAAACGUCGAACCGAGGGGCCAAGAGAAUGCAGACGUUGUGUGACCCGUCUAGUCACCAGGAUUCCAUCGCCGAGGAAACGGAUGAAGCAGAAACCAGAACAACCGAUGUCGACCAGGGUCUCGACAAAGAUCGGGGAGGUGUGCAGACAGGGGAGAAGACUGCGUAUCAGAAACUGGGACCCGGUUUUAGCGUGAUAAGCCCGGCAGUGAACACGGCCAACGAGCGCGUGGACGUGUUCCGGCAGUUGGUCAAUGCUAUUGAGAAAUCCGUCUCUGACUGUGAUGAGUUUUCUCAGACUUGUCAAGAUGACAAGACCAUGAGUGCCUCAACUUCCGCGGCUGUAGGCCUACCAGAAAAUCCAAAUACACAGCAGACGGAAAAUCCAGACGCACAGCAGACGGAAAACCAAGACACAGAACAGACACAAAAUACAGACACAGAACAGACGUCUCAGAUUCCAUCGACAGCUGACAAAGAAGAGCAGAUGGACAUGAGCUAGGAAUUUAAAUCCUUGUUACAAGGAAACAGGUUGCUAGGAUACAGGUUGCUAAGAAACAGAUCCCAAGGAUACAGGGCCCUAUUCCUUGAAAUGAUCUUAGUGCCAAGAUCACCUUAAGUUCAUAAAGUAGUUAUACACUUAGAUGAUCUUGGUGCUAAGAUUGCUUUGUGGAACAGGGCCUUAGGCCCCGUUUUAUGAAGCGAUCUUACCUCCUAUCGAACUUAGUUAUUUAAGGUCGAUUUUACGCUACAGGUCUUAAAAUUUACAGCUGUUCGAUGAAGCAACCAUAGUGCAAUUGUAAUCCCAAACUUGCUACAAUCAUGAUUUUAACUAAGGUUAAAAUCUUAGAUCGACGACAGUCAUUCUUCACACCUUUGUUUUGGCUUCAUACACAAUAAAUAUAACCUAUCCAAUGGUAAUUUUUUGAUGUGAUAUAUUUGACAAAAGGUACUUUUUAUAGCUUUCAUCUUUUGUUUAAAAUUAUGAAAAAAUAAAAACAUACCGAAAGUAAACUGCAGGGCACAAUAUUUUAUGCAAACUGCAAAUCGGUUAUGUCGUGACCUGUAGAUGUUCAGAAAUCAAAACUUGCAAACUUCACGAUUACAGGAAGUUUAUUAUACAGUUGAAUAUUGUAAUUUCGAGACCCUAAAGUGUGUCUAAUAUUCCGACAUGUUUUAGAUUGAUUUUUAGAUACUUGAUGCGCAGCAAACCAGUAGACAACAUUAUAUUGCAACAGUUUAACUUGCGACCAGUCUAAACUAAAUGUUCAGUAUAGAGUGGAGCCAAACGUUUUAAAGAAAUGUACACGGACCGCUGGGUCACCUGAAUUAUCUACUGCUAUUUUAUCUCUUAAAGGAAUAUAUAUUAAACAUAAUAUUUUACAAAUAUUGAAAACAGUUUCCACGUUAACAGUAAUCCAAAAGUGUCACAAAAGUUGAAAAAUACUAAUAUCGCAUAAUGAGCUUUAAAAAACAACAUUUGGAAUGUCACUAGUAUAGAAGUACCAUUGAUAAAGUGAAAGUAACUUGGCCACUGCAAAAUGAGAAAAGGAUUCUGGAAGUGUGUAUAUUUUGUUUUAGUAUUUGGGCUGGUAUUUAGUCCUUUUACAGUAUUGUUAACUUUAGCAAGCAUUAAAGAAUCUGUUUUAUAAAA